AUGGAGAAGCUGGUAAUCGAGAUUCCUUUGGUUCACGCUGUGAAGAUUACUCUAGUCAUUAGGCGUUAUGUGAAGAGAAUGGUGACUAGUAAUCUGAGCUAUGAGCAAGGAGUGAUGAUGAUUUCUGAACAGGUCAGUGCUGUGAUUCAGAACCGGAUUCCAGAGAAGCUCUCGAACCCAGGAAGCUUUGUCUUGGACUGCUCUAUCUUCUCAGAGAGAUUCAAGAGGAUCUCUCUAAUCCUAGCAGAUCACUCUAUAAGGAUUCCAGAAGGUGUCUUGGAAGAUGUUCCAAUCAAGGUUGGAGAUUGCAUGAUUUCUGCAGAUUUUGUCGUUCUGGAAUAUGGAGAGGAACCCAAAGAUCCUCUCAUCCUGGGAAGACCUUUCCUAGCUACAGCUGGAGCUAUUAUUGAUGUGAGAAAGGGCAAGAUAGCUUUGAAUGUGGGUGAUUUGGUCAUGAACUUUGACAUGGACAAGCUGAUGAAGAAGCCCACUAUAGAUGGUCAGACAUUCUAUGUGGACACUCUCACUGACUUCGCAGAGGAGGUUCUUCAUGAGAUGCAACCUGCAGAUCCGCUGGAGAGAGCCUUGACUACUUCUGCAACUGAAGCAGAACAUCUGGAUGACAUAACUGCAGCAUAA